AUGGAUCACGACCAUCAUGAUCAUAUGCAUCAUCAUGAUGAUAUAGUUGUUACUACAGCUACGAUGAUGACCCAUGUUCAUGAAAUGAUGAAACAACAAACAAAUACAAGUUCAGCUCAUAGUGCACAUGGUUCUAAUGUUCAUGAUAUGAUAAUGGCAAUGACCUUCCAUGGUGGUUUCAAAGAACAAAUUUUAUUUGAACAAUGGCAUACACAAACAAUGGGUGCAUUUAUCGGAUCUUGGUUACUUAUUUUUUUCGUUGCUGUGCUCUAUGAAGGAUUAAAAACUGUUCGAGAUCAAUUAUUAAAACGCGAUGGAUGUCCAUGUGGUCAAGAACGUGAACGUCAACCAUCACUUUUACAUCAUCAAGGUCAACAAUAUGAUAAUUCUAAUAAUAACAAUGAUUUAAUACCAAGAGUUCAAACAGUAAAAGCCUGUACUCAUAAAAGAGCUCGUUUAUUAAGUCUUAAUCAUCUUAUUCAAACAAUUUUACAUAUUCUUCAAAUGGGUAUUAGUUAUUUAUUAAUGUUAAUAGCUAUGACAUUUAAUAUUUAUUUAUUUGCGGCUAUUAUACUCGGCGCUGGUUUAGGUCAUUUCUUAUUUGCUUGGCGUCGUAUGUUUAUUAUUGAUUAUAAUGAACAUUGCCAUUGA